AUGGCCGCUUAUCGCCUCGCGGAGUAUCUUGAUCGGCAGCAACAGCGUUCGAACUCAUCAGGAUCCAGUCCCACCGUCGCAGCAAGCAAGCGGGUGACCAUGCCGAGCUUCGAAAUCCGUGGCGAGCGUGUUAACUACAUGGAAUUAAUGCGCUACUUCCGGCGGAAGAAGAUCAGCGAUCCCGUGAGCUGGGUCAAGGAGCACCAGGACGAAUUGGACUUGAGCGAGGACGUCGUCGUCGUAGAUGCUGACCCUACUGCUGAAGGUGAAGCCAGAUCCUCCGAGGAUGAUGGAGACACCUCUGAGCGCGACCACAGAGAGAUUCAACGUCUGAUGGCGGCGGAUCUAACAGGCCUAGAAGAUGUCUCCUCGGACACCUCCCACAUUACUCACCAGAUUUCGAAUGUGCGCUGCCUCGACGACCAAUACUCCACAUUGAUGGGAGCCGUGCAUCACGCCGAGAUCAGGAGCCCCUCCCUCUCAGUGCCAGCAUUCCUUCGGCCACAGACAUCCUACGCUCUCGAGCAACUAAAUUACAGCAUGAUGACUUACAUGAGGUCAUAUCUUGUGUCUCCCGUCUCAAAGAAACACCGGGAACCAGAAGUCCACGCUCACACCGUCCACGCGAUCUUUGCGUCCAAGAUGCAGGAUGGGAUUUCUCUUCUGGCCAACGUUUCCCCAAAUACAGCAAAGACAAAGUUAAGAGGACCCGAGCCAAAUGCCGCACAAGCGUUUACCAGCUUCGAAUACGGCUUCCAACUAAUCCACAAAAUCCUCACCGACCAUAGCCCCAUGUCUCUUGCACUGAUGCUCAGCAUAGUUUGCGAACUGGCCAAUCGUGCUGUCAAAACCGGGAUGAAGACUUCGGCUGUCGGGAUCCUUCUGGCCAAACUCCUCACCUACACACAUGACAUGGCGGCGACUGUUUUAGGCUCUGGUCACCCAUUGACCGUAUUCUUUGGCAUCUUGGAAGGGGAGUACAUCUGCCCAACAGUCUUGCCUUCUUCUGGAUCGCUACCUCUGGUGGAACUCAUUCUCGCCUCUCUCAAGCUAGCAGUCGCUCAGUUCAACAUUUCUUCCACUUCCAUCCCCGCCGACAAUUUGCAGAGAAUACAGGAUUGGAAACAACUCUACCUUCGUGAACGCCUCUGCGACGCUCUCUAUUACUGCGGCCCGACUUACCAAGUCAUCCGAUCGAGGAUGCGGAGCCAGCUCUUUUAUGAUCAGGAAGCAAGAUACGGGCCUACUGCCAGGAACGUAUUGUGGACGUUGACCAAUGUAGCGGACGACUGUCUGGCAAACGGCGAAAUCGAUCAAGCGAUCGGCCACUUCCAAGAAGCCCUUAAUAGAACAGAGGCUUUGACGGAAGGCUACGGGCGGGCGAAGACGAGCUUUGCGGCCCGAGAAGGGUUGGGAAGGUGCUGGGUGCGCAAGGCCGGAGAGGCAGAAGCGGAAGCACUCUGGCAACAGGAACAGAGUCGAAGCCCGAGCUCGGCUUGUUGUUCAUGUCAUUGCCAUUAUGCCGCCGAUUCGAAACCGGGCUCAUCACGCGGCAGUACUGACAACACGGGAACAUCGACGCCGACAUCAUCGGGGUCCUCGUUCUCAAGCACGACAUUGAAACCAUGUGGAAACAAGAAACCCCACGGCCCAAACCAGAAGCAGGAGCACCACCAAUAUAAAUCCCGCAGCCCACACCACCACGACUCUCCCUCGCACAGGCGCCUGCAACACCUCAGACGCGCGCACAUUUACUUCAAGGAGGCUGAGGACGAGGCGCGUCAAUACUUUGAAGCAUCAAGUCGACGAAUCACGCGGGUGAGUCUGCGCAGGCAGGAGGUUGUGGAACUGCUUGGGAUCGCGACGCCCGAGUCAAGCUCCUCCUCCGGGUCCGAAGACGAGGAGGUGUACAAUAUUAUGAGCGCAGACGUCAAUAACAACGUCCAUGUAUACCCCUCCCCACCCUUUCCUCUGACGGCGGCGGCGGCGGCGGCGGCAACGAACAUCAGUCUGGUGCUGGGCUACGCUUCGGACCUUGACUUUGAUGCCUCCUUGGCUGCCACUGCCACGGCGCCAGCAACGGGACUAGCCAUGACCAUGGCAACACCAACACAAACACAGGCAACGAUGGAAAUACCAACUGCCAGAGUAAAGCCACCACAACCACCGCCGCCUCCAAUGGUCACCGUCCCAACCAGCAUGCGCGGAUUUCGGCCACAACAGCGGCAGCAGCAGCAGCAUGUCCAGGUCCCCUUGUACGGGGCAAUCUAG